AUGGCCCUCUGGGCUCUGGGUUCGCCACUCAUCAUUUUUGAGAACCAUUUUUACUCCGUAAAAAAUGUAUACUGCGGGAUUUGGAAAGUUGGGGAUGAGCUUCGCCCUAAAUUCCAUGGUUUUCACAAUCUCGGACGAUUUGCUGGGAAGAAUGGCCGCAAAGCGUAUCUGCACAGGACCAUCAUCAUCAUCAUCAUCAUCAUCAUCAUCAUCAUCAUCAUCAUCAUCAUCAUCAUCAUCAUCAUCAUCAUCAUCAUCAUCAUCAUCAUCAUCAUCAUCAUCAUCAUCAUCAUCAUCAUCAUCAUCAUCAUCAUCAUCAUCAUCAUCAUCAUCAUCAUCAUCAUCAUCAUCAUCAUCAUCAUCAUCAUUGUUUAUAUUAUAAAAGGCUCCCGGAUCCGGAGCAAGCUAAUAGCGCUAUCAGCUUGCUGGCAUUUGAUGCGUGACACCUGA